CACGCAAAUGGCAGCCGCUCAAAAGACAGGCAAUUAUGAGCAGGAGGACAAGAGCAACAAGCGAAUGCAUGGUUCUCAAGCUCUGGUAGACGACCUGCACACGGCCAUCAAGAAGCUCAGAGUUAACGCGAAGAGCGAGGACCACCCAGUAGACCCUGGUCUGCACAAACCGCACCUGAGAAAGCACCACCUGUCAGGCCGGUCGCGCAAGUCACGGCUGCGACGUGCGUCGAAGAGCCUCUCUGAAACCAACACCACCCCCACCUUACCAGGCACCUCCGACGACCAAGGCGACAAGACCUCCGCCCGACACCCCAUGGUCCGUUCCGUGAAAAAGACAUCGUCCGCCCCGGACCUGACGUGCGCCCCGGAUCAGACGGGCCCACCGCAGGAUGACACGACCGUCAACGAGCUCGCGGCUUACUUCGAAAACCUCGUUCACAUCCCGCGAGAGAUGUCUGCGAUGGCCGAAAUGAUGUACACCUAA